AUGACUGGUUGCGGACUUGAAGGGAAUGACUUCCUGGCCUGCCUGACAUCCAGCAAAAAGGUGAUGAACGUGAAUCUAUCUGAGGGAGACAAGGUCGUGUUUGAAGAUGUGGGCCAGGGUGAGAACUCAAUGCUGGCCAAUGAGUCCAUCCUGAUGAGGGGGUUGGUAAUAAGAAGCCACAGCAAUCAGAUCUCUAUCCGCUUCCACAGCCAGAUGCCUCAGGUCGGAUCAGCGCUGCUCAGAUACCAAGGCUUUAUCCAGCAGACAGCUGAUGACAGAGCAGAAAUUGAAAGCCAUUUUCUGAAGCUGCCUUUGUUUUGA